CUUGCGCGAUGUUUUGGUGACGCAAAGACGAGACGUGUUGACGUUUCAACUAAUUUUCCUUCUCGAUUCACUUUUACAUACGUGUCAAGUGAGCUUGUGCGUGUCCGGCUUUAAAAAGCCUUUAAUUUUAAGAUUAUUGACAAAUUUAACUGAUAAUCAAAUAAAAUGGCACCAAAACAGAGGAUGCGCAUCGCCAACGAAAUUGCCAGCAAAAAUAUCACCAUGAGGGGAAAUGUACCUAAAUCAACAAAGGAAAAGGAUGAUCAAUAUCCUGUAGCGCCCUGGCUGCUGGCUCUCUUCAUCUUCGUAGUCUGUGGCUCCGCCGUCUUCCAAAUAAUCCAAUCCAUUCGACUCGCCUAAAAACUCCUCUCCGACUGAUAAUUUUAGAAUAAAAAAAUUAUGGCAUAGUAUUUUCUACCAUUCCUUUGGCCCGAGACUGUAAAUAUUUUGCUCUCUUGAAAUUACUUUUGCCAUUUGCUUAUUAACUUCAUCUAUGCCAGUAACAAGAAUUGUGAUGUUCCCGAUGUGUCCUAACUCUCCGCUGUAGCUCCAACUAAUGUGUUAAAUAUUACUGCAUUAAUUAUAAUCUCAAUGUAUGUACUAUAUUCUUGUAUAUUAUUAAAAUUUUAUAUUAGGCGUGAAAUGCACUGGGCAAUUUGAAUUAGAAUUUUAAAUAAUUAAAUUGAUAACAGUGGAAUUUCUUUAAUUAAAAAAUUUAAAUCGCCCGUUCAGUUCUAAGCCUAAAAAGCAUUUCAUAUAUUUUGAUUCCUCGUUUAUUUAAGACCCUCUAAAGACGCACAAUAUGUUCCAAAUACAAUUGUUGCAUUGUUUUCAUUUUUUUUUUUAUGAAUUUAGUAUAAUUUAUAUGGUUUUAAUGUUUUAUCUGAACCACCUUUAUGAAAUUAUUUGUCGGUACUAUUUUUAAUUUUAAUUGUAAUUUAUUUGAUUAAAUACAGUAUAUUUGUCGAUAA